GUGCGCUAAUCGCACUGCGCCGCUGCGCCUUGGGGUUUCGCUAGUGAGCGCGUUAGCUAGCAGAGCUAACUAGUUUUCAGUUCACUUUGUUCAAUGAAACAGAGGCUUAGCAUUUUAGCUAGGUCGCUUAUUAGCUAGCCCGUUAGCCCGUUACAUCAUGGCGGCUGUUCGCAGUUUGCGGGUUUCUGUGAAACAUGAAAGCGCGUCGGACCGGUCGGAUUCAGACUCCGACUCCGACUCGGACCGAAAUGUUCGUGAAGCGGAGCCCAUGGAGGUCGAGGAGGGAGAACUUGAGCUGGAAUCCAUUCCUGUCCGCCGAAGUUUAAAGGAAUUGUUGCCGGACACAAGCCGGCGAUAUGAAAACAAGGCGGGCGCUUUUAUUACCGGCAUUGAUGUGACAUCCAAGGAAGCAAUUGAGAAAAAGGAAAAGAGAGCGAGGCGAUUCCACUUCCGUGCAGAGGACAAUGUCGCUCAGAGAAACGUGGUGCUGGACAGAGAGCUCAUGAAAAAAGCAAUUCCUAAGAUCCGACUGGAGGCCUUGCAUCUGAGUGGUGUGGAUGACAUGAGCACCCAGGAUGUGUUUAGCUACUUUCAGGAGUAUCCUCCAGCACAUAUUGAGUGGAUUGAUGAUACAUCAUGUAAUGUAGUUUGGCUGGAUGACAUCACUUCAACCCGAGCUCUGAUUAACAUGAGCCGGAUGCCUGACAAAGAAGACUCUAACACCGCUGGCUCCAAAACCACUGACCUUCCUGUUCAAGAAGAGAGAGUGAGGCGAAAUCAUGGCUCGGAUGAUGAGGAAGAAGAAGGGGAGGUUGAUGAUGAUGAUGUGGUGGUGAAGGCAGACAAAAGCAGUGAUGACAGUGAAGGAAAAGCCAGUGACAGUGAGGAGGAAACAGAGAAAAAAACAACACAGGGAAGUUCCCAGACAGACCAGUUGUCUCAGGCAGAGCACGAGUCUCUCCUCCGCAAUGACCUGCGCCCCACGACCAAAUCCUUCAAAGGCAACUAUCUGUUUCUGCGUUUCGCCACACAGGAUGAUAAAAAGGAGCUGGGUGCUGCAAGGCGAAGUCGGUACUAUAUGAAAUAUGGCAAUCCAAACUAUGGGGGCAUGAAGGGCAUCCUGAGUAAUUCUUGGAAACGUAGGUAUCAUACACGGAGAAUCCAGCGCGACGUUCUAAAGACCAAAAAGUCCUUAAUAGGAGACAGUAUGGGACACACUCCACCAUACACACACCGACAUUCAGCUGAUCUAGUGAAUCUACCAGAGGAGCCUAUAGAAGAGGAAGAGGAGGAAGAAGAGGAUGGAGAGGAAGACAUGGACGCUGAUGACAGAGUUGUCGAGUAUAGAGACAGGGAGCGAGGGUCGCAACUCGGGGAAGGGGGCCUCCGUAGCCGUCUGGGGGGCUCGUUCUCCCAGUCCUCGGAUUCAGAUGAAAUGGACUACGACCUAGAGCUGAAGAUGAUCUCAACACCUUCACCUAAAAAGAGCAUGAAAAUGACCAUGUAUGCGGAUGAGGUUGAGAAUAACCUCAAGACCAUCAGAAAUUCCAUUCGGAGUGACUCAGGCUCAUCUAGCAGCAGUAUACGGAGUCGCAUUGGUAGUGGUGUGACCAAAUCUACCUCAGAAAAAGUGACGGAUGUCAGGCAGCUUCUGGAGGAGAAAAGACAGGGCCUUUCACAACAAAGGACACGCCCCCUUGUGGCCUCCACUGGAAAGACAGAUGUGAGACAGAGGUUGGGGAAGAGGCCGCACUCUCCAGAAAGGUGCCGCUCUGUCUCUCCUGUCCCUCCGAGAAACACAGCCGCUCGUAGAGAGCCUCUUACUGACGUUCACAGCAGACUCGGGACGACUAAACAUGAAUCACGGGGCCUCUAUACAGAGCCCACCAAAGACAAAAAGUCAGGUGGUCUGUGGAGCCGACUGGGGCCGUCAAAUAAAGAUAGCCAAAGCGAUGGCAAGCUUUCCGGCAGGUUAGGGAGCAGUGUGCCGUCCUCACGUGGGAACCGGCAGAGGGAUGAAGUGGACUCGGAUGGAGUCGAUGAUUCCGAGGAUGAAGAUGAGGAUUCGCAGCUGCAGAAGAUGUGGGGGGCGAUGAUCAAGCAGAAGGAGCAGCGGUCCAACAAAAUGAAGAAAAGCCGGCUGGACAACCUUCCUUCACUGCAGAUUGAGAUCAGCCGAGACAGCAGCAACGGCUCCGACAGUGACUCUUGAGAUGGAAUGAGAGACUGAAGCUAGAGGGAUAAGGAGAUGAAAUAAAAUGCUGCUGACUUGUUGAAAAGACACUUACAAGUAGAUAGUUUCACUCUCUAGCCCUAGUCCAUACAUGGAUCCUGCCAACAUCCUUUCUUGUUCUCUCUCUUUCUCUAAACACACCUAACAGACUUGACUCAGAAAGAGUCCUCUGCCAAAAGAGAGGGAAUACUAGAGUUUGUUUUUGUCUAAAGAAGAGACAGUGAGCAAGAAAUGCAGUUUGGGCUUUUCUUUAAAGGAGCAGUUUGUAAUUUUUAGAGCCCUUUGCUGCCUGAAUUUCACUUGCAAUGACAACACUGACAAGCAUACACCUUCCACUGCAUGGCAAUAUUGCAGAUCGUUUUUUUUUAUAAGGUAUCUUUAUAAUUCUAUGAUUUGUAAAGGUCUAGAAAAACAUUUAAAAAUUACAAGCUGCACCUUUAAAUAAGUGAGAUUGGCUGUGGUACGUCCAAGACCCAUGUAUGUAUCAUGGCGAUGCACCAGGUAGAGAAUAAUGUUACAUCUAAAACAAGCAAAACACUGCAGUGUCUCUAGGAGAGUACUUUUCAUGAAUAUAUUGUCAGUAGCAGCAGGUAGUGUUGCCAUCUCACAGCUCCAGGGUCCCCAGUUCAGUCCUGAGCUGGGGUUACCAUUGGGUGUGGAGUUUCGUAUGUUCUCCCCCUUUUCCUUCCCAAAAAUAUGCCAGUCGGUGGAUCGAUGACUCUAAAUUGCCCCAGGUGUGAAUGAGUUUGUACAUGGUGCCCUGGGAAGGAGUGGAUGUAAUCCCUUGCCCAGUGUUUCUGGAAUAAGCUCUGGAUUCACCACGACCUUGACCAGGAAAAAAAGGGUUACUGAAGAUGAAUGAAUAAAUCUUGUUUCAUGUUAAGAUCACUAAAAUUGAUCUUUGUAAAUGCAUUAGGUUUUUGUAGUUGGGAAUUGGCUUGGGAUAUACAGAUUAUUUCACUGGUGCACACCAUACAGGUCAGGGGUAGAUAACUAAUCUGGAGCACCAGAGUCCACUGAACUUUGGUGGUUUUCCUGUUUACACCCCAAGUCAGAGAACCAACCUACCUUGGCUGGAUUCUGACCCUCCACUACCACAGCGUCCGUGUACAUCCCUGACAGAGGUGCAUGCACUAGGUACAUCAACAGCGAUGUUGAUUGGUGCUGUGGUGCAAAUUUGGGACUGAAGGUGCUUCACCACAUUGUAGCCAAUAAAUCAUUUUUCUGAAAAAUAAAAAAGUGGUCUACAUUCCCAUACAGUAUGUGGUCAAUCAGCUCAAAAAGCAAGGAAAAUAUAUUGUAUGUGCAAAUAAACAUCUUUUUACAUAA